AUGCACUUCAAAUCAUUGAAAUGUAAGUUCUACUGUAAGGGGUAUCAUUCCUCUGCACAUAAAUCGGCAACGUCCUUUUUUGAUAGCUCGUACCAGUAUUUGAAACAGAAUCAGGGACUUGUGAACUUGGAUACUGCUAUUCCUCAACAUAACAUUUUGACUGCUGUUCCACAUCCCGUAGUGGUGGCCAACGUUAAUUAUAAUAACGUGGAAAGGGCUUUACAGAGUAGAGACGCAGAGCUGUCGAGAUUAGAAUCAGAGGAGCUAAAUUUAUUUUAUGAAAAGGAUGGUGAAAUUUUCUAUUCUGGCGAACAUGAUGUAAAUUAUUCGAAGAAGAGCUCGUAUGGUGCCAACCACAAUAAGAAGAAGAGAUCCAACUCGUUUACCUAUCUAUCGAAUGAAAAAUCUGCUCUAAUUAACGAGAAGUUGUCUACCCGUUAUUAUUCUACCAAGGUACAAAAUUCUCAAAAUAAUGCAAAUAACAAUCUACGAGCAACUCCGAUCACUCCUCCAACUUCACCUCCUGUCGAAAAGCAUCAUAGUUUAGAGAAAUCUGGAGCGAAAGAACAAACGGAUAAAGGUGCAGUGCCGGAAGCUCUCUUAGAUCGUUUAAAAGAUGUAAGAUUGGAUGACUCAAUCCCGGCAUGGGAAACAGAUUUGGAACCAUGUUUGAAUAAAGAAGCAUUUUUAGAAACACAAUCUAAGCUGAUAGAAGAUUGCAUGAAGAACAAAAAUUAUAAUCAGGUUAACGCAAUUUAUAAAUCGUUGAUAAGAAAUGAAAUUGUUCCUCCGUUGUCAUUAUUUGAACAAGUUUUGACUUCUAUUUGCAGAAGGGACUUAGAUCAAAAUAAUAUCGAUAACCAAAUGUUUGAAUUACUUAACUGUUACCAAGAUAUAAUUCAGAAUAAAUUAAAACCAAGCGCAGAAAUCUAUCACCUUGUUGUAGGUUCAUUGUUGUCUGGAUCAAUCAGAGCGUUUGAGUUACACAACACCAAUGGAUUAGAUUUUUUCAAAAUUGCCAUUGAUCUGUUCUUUGCUUCUAAUUUGAAUAAGAAUAAGUCCUUCGACCAUGAGUUUUUAGAUAAUCUUUUGUUGGCUAUCAAUUUAUACCCUGGCCACAUAAAGUACGGCUAUAUCAAGAAUUUCAUUGAUUCAAACGUGAAGUAUUCAAAGAAUGAAAUCUAUUACAUUUCUUUAAUCUCGUACGCCAAGAUGUUGAACGAACAUGAGGCAGUAAAAGACCUUUAUCAAGAUUUUAGAUCAGAACUUCUGAAAAAUAUGCAAUUGGUUGAACACCAAUAUGAAGUGUACUCUGUCGUCGUAUCAGCUUUUGCUGAAACUGGAUCGUUAAGUUUAGCUACAAAGCUCUUAGAUAAGCUUCUUGUGGAUCUACAAGCAAAAGAUGGGCAUAACAAGAACGUUUCUUUGGUCAUUUCGAACUUUUUGAUAUCUGUCGGUAAAAUAAAUUCGGAAAAGGCAUAUAAGUUGUUGAUGGAAUUCAGUAAAUUAAAAUGGGUACCAGAAUUCUCUUAUGAAUUCUACUUGGUCAUGAUCGCAAACUGCCUCAAUACUAAUUGGCCAUUGGUGAAAAGAAUAUACAAUUAUAUUUUCCCUAUGAAAACGUCAUUCAACACCACGAAAAACGAUAAUAAAAUCAAAAAUUAUUUAUUGUAUCCAAGUGGAUUGGAAUCGAUGCCCAGCACUAUAUUGACAUACGCCCUAAGGCAAAAAGACGACGAGCUCAUUAUGAAAUUGGUCGAAGAAUCGAAUGUGAAAAAGACUACAUUCCAAAGAGGAUUGUACCCUUACAUUUUUAGCUACUUCCAAAGCAUAGGUUGCCCGGAGCCUUACUUACUUCGUUUUGUGAAUAUUCAUGGUUCUGCACUUUCAACCGAUAGCAAGCCUCUAGUAUUCGAAUUUUUGAAUGCAUUGGUCGAAAACUAUCAAUCGCAACCUAUCUUGAAGAAGGUAUCAGAAAUGCCUUUCUUUAAGAGUGCCUGUGAAGCGUUCACUCUUGAAAACGCUUCUGCAGUUAAUUACGCAGGUUUCAUUGUUUGUUUCCAAACGUUGUGGAAAACUCCUCAAUUGAUUCAGGAUUAUUCUUACAAUCUUGAAUUGCAUGGAAUAGCUGUUUCGAGAUUAUAUGAUCUAGAUACCUACUAUUUGGAUAUUCAAAAUGAGAUGUUGUUAGAUUUCAAAAAACAAAUGGCUGAAAGAUUCCAAAAGCUUUGCGUUAACUACAAACGAAUUCAUUUGGAUGCCAACAAGAUUUCCCCUGUAGCAAUUCAAGCUAUGAAAAUGGUCGAUCUUUCCGAAGAUACUGUGGCUUAUUUCCAACACCCUGGUGACUGGGACAAAUCUUACCCAUUAAGCUUGGGUCCGGUAUUGCGUAACUCCAAAAGGACAGGGUUCAAGCAAUAUGAAAGACUUUCCGAAGAUGGCUACAAAUUUGAUUAUGAUACUUUCUCCGAAUUGAUUCACCAGAAAUACAUAACCUCUGAUGUUAUAACCAAGACUAUCAAUUUAUGUCCAGACAAGGAAACCCUCAAGUAUAUCUCUAAUUGUAUUGUUGUGAAAUGUCCAAAGAAUCUUUUGGAAGAGGAGGUAAUUCAACAUCAGUUAUUCAGUAAGAUUCUUGAGAACCUAACAGAUAAAUCGCUAUCAAAGCUUGCGUUAAAUUGUGAAAACAUCCGGAAUUUUAUUAAUGCUGUUGGUUUCCCCGAUAGGUUCAAAAGUAUUACUUCUCAAGCGGAGUACAAAGGCGCUACCGCGGUUAUAUUUGCAGCGCUAUUUAGAGCGAAGGACUAUAAAUCAGUUAUCAUGUUCAAUGAAAUCUGUCCAUGCCUAGACAUUUCAUUGAUCUUGAAAUCUUUCAUUCGCCUAGGUGACUAUGAUAAUUAUCUUUCUCAAGAAGCGAGGUUUAAAGAUUCUAUGUCGCCUGCUGCCCUUGGCGUAAUUCGAUCCGAAUAUCUAAUAAAUCAAAAGAAAUUUGAAGAUGCAAUGUUACUGCUUAAAUCUUUCCCAGAUGUUAUCGAUCAUCAAACCUAUGACAAGUACUCUUUUGCAUUAUUUUUAUCAUCAUUCUCCGGAACUCCUGUUGAUGUAGACUUCCAAAUCGAAAACACGUUGCAGUUAGCGAACGUGCUCUCAGCCCAACAUUCUUUCCACAAUAUGAUUCACUGUUACGAAAGCAUGACCAAAGGAAAGGAAUUUUCACAAGACUUGAAGUUGAACUUUGGCAUUAAGAUGGAAAUUACCCAACAAAUUCUCAACAAUAUUGAAGAUUCUAUGCAAUUUCUUGAUUUAAAUGAUACUUCUAUUAUAGAGAACUAUUACUCCAAACUCGAAAACUACAUGAGAUUCAGGGGUUAUCUUAAAACAAUAACUUUCACCGAAGACCAAAUGUUGCAGUUGCUCAAUAUAUGGCAAAAAAUUAACCCAAUUUUGGUUGACAAUUUGUUCAACAACAUCGUCGAAUCAGUAUGUUUGAACAACGCUGUAAAGGUUAUAAACUUCAAUGAUAAUGGUUCUUUUAACGUUAGCAAGACCUCGCUAAUGGUACUUUUAGAUUCCAUUUCUGCCAUUUACAAAUCUGAAGGCUUAUCUGAUCAUCAUUCUAAAGUGGAGAGUUUCAAAGAUAUUAUAGAUUCUUCCAUGCACUAA